UUUUUUUCGUUUGUACACUCUCUUUUGCGAUUCUGCUGAUUUAUUUAAUAAUCGAAUUUCUUCUCUUUUUCUCUCUCUCUCGAUAAUAUAGGCUGUACAGUGCGGGCACUAUUUCUUGCGUUGAAUAAUUAAUUUCAUGGUUGAUUGACCACUACGCCGUUAACGUUUCAUUUUGCUACGCCGUUUCGUUUUGCCACGACGUUUCACUUGCCUGGCUCUUUUGUUUCGAGAUCAUUCGUGUCUUGAUUUUUCUCAAUUGAUCAAGUGUUAAUUUAUUGGGAAAAUCACAAAAACCUCUUCAUUGACAUCGACAUAUACAUCAUGGCGGAUAGAAAGCAUGUAAGACGCUCGAGAAGCCAGGGCUAUUUUCAUCGGAGAAGACCAGAUGAUAUAUACAUCCAGAAUCCUCACGAAUUUACAUUUCCAUACUCUAAACCGGAAGAACUGCCAACACCUGGAUUGUUAUUUGACGAUGAAGAAAAAGAAAACAUAUAUUUCCGGGGCCUGGAUAUAGAGGCCUCCUCGCCUCGAAACUUCUUCCUCGAAAAACCACCCACGAAUUGGAAAUCAGAGCAAUCACCUAUUUCUCCUGGUGUUACCGUGUUGUUAACUCCUGCUUACGGCGAUGCGGAUGGCGAUUUGGAUGUGAUGGAGUUCUUUCAGGCGUACGUUAUAAGAUUUUAUUUUCGUACAUUUAAUUUGAGUUUUUAAUACUUAUUCUUUUCGUUUGCAGAGCGGCAUAUCCCGGACAACGAGCGGUGCGGAUUACUGCGGACAGACCACGAGAUAUACAGAGAUCUGCGAAUGUGGAUAAGAAGAAACGUCCAUCAAAAGUUGGUCUUCCGUCGCCGAAAACUCCCAAGGCUUGGCCAUCGAUCGUGGAACCUGAUAUUAGUACCCUUCCCAGUCAGGAGGAGGUUGAAAGAAAUGUUCUGGAAGCUCGUCGCAAGCUCGUUGGCCAGAAGACCUCGGGUAAUAAUGGGCGUCCUCGACUUGAUAAUCCAUUGGAAGCAUAUCUUGUGGCUCCGGGACCUAUGAAAACUCGAAAACAGACGAGAUCGCCAUCUCCGGGUAUCAAUUACGCAAAGAGGUCUCCUGAGCGUGGCCAGAGUCGAAGCCCGGCGGUUGGUGAUCGAAAACGAUUUCUUGAACCACAGCAUUCGCUAUUGCAAAAUAGGCAGCAGGAAAGAUCUCCAUCGAAUGAGGCUAAAGUACUCAGAAGUACCCGUAGUGAAAGGAGUCUGCUAGACCCAACAUUCGGAAUUAACAAUAGCAUAUCAAGAACGCCUAGUCCAGUCUUUGAUUUCGACGACUCAGAAAUCACAGAUAUUGAGAGUGGCACUGAGGAUGAUGAGAGAGGCAACGAGAGAUUAAGUAGAUGUGAAACAUUAUCAAGCCAAGAUCCACAUAGUCCGAUGUUCGACAGUCCGCCAAAGCCAUUGGAAAAAGAUUGGAAAUUUCGUCUUCAACAAGAUUGUGCUAUGGGUACUCUUGGUGCUUUACAGUCACCUUCGAUAUCUUCCUCUGCUAGUCAAACCCCUCGAAAACUCCCAAAGUCGACGAAUAAAAGACUGGGAGAGAUUGGAAUACCUAAUUAUAGUGCUAUGUAUUCACAUGAUUACACAAUGAGCACACAUACAACUCGUCCUCGUCAAAUUAGUGCCGAGGUAUCAGUACGCUCUCCCAUCUCACCUAAUAUGCCGCCUCGAAGAAGAAGCCCACCUAUAAUGGCUCCAAUUCAUCGAGACCAGAGUGAGGCAAGAGGUGCAUCAUUUGAGCCGGAAUCUCGCACACCGAGAACUCUAGUAACUAAUUGGCUUACGAGUAUGUCUUCUAACGCUGGACGUAAGGAACAAUCUCGAGAGCAUGAUGUUUUCUGGAAACGGAGUUGGGGUCGAAAGACGAAACCUAAAAUGGAAGGCUGGAUUUAAUGAAUUGGGAGAUGAAUGACAGGAAAAUGUUGAGUGGUUUUUGGUGGGGCGGUGUUAAUAUUGAUGUACUGAUGGUUAUGAAUGAUGAUUUGUUUAUGAAUAGUAAAUGUUUGGAGGGGUUGAUGAAUACCUAGCCUAGGCAGGUAACUGGAAAAUUGUAUGGAUGGCAAAAAAAGUGCUACUUUAGGAAGCGGAGCAUGGGGAAACUUGGACCACAAAUUCUUUCGGUAGACAGCUAGCUUGGACACAUAGUUUGUAAUGAUUAAUGAUACCUACCAGCUGUCAAUCUAUUCUCCACCAGCCAAAAAUGGCCAUUUCUCCCACUUUCAGUCGAGUCCUCAUG